AUGGAUUCGUUUUUGAACACCACGGAUAACUACCUUUCCAUUAACGCCACUAACGGCUCCAGUUUGAACGACACAGAGGGAUAUAACCAGUUCGUGCAGCCGAUCUGGCAGAUCGCUCUCUGGGCCAUCGCCUACUGCAGCAUGGUGUGCGUCUCGGUGAUCGGUAACCUGGUGGUCAUCUGGAUCAUCCUCGCGCACAAACGCAUGAGGACCGUGACCAACUACUUCCUGGUGAACCUAGCCUUUGCAGAGGCAUCUAUGUCUGCCUUCAACACAGUGAUAAACUUUGCAUACAGCAUCCAUAACGAGUGGUACUUUGGUUUGAGCUACUGUCGGUUCCAUAACUUCUUCCCCAUUGCAGCAGUCUUCACCAGCAUAUACUCCAUGACCGCCAUAGCACUGGAAAGGUACAUGGCUAUCAUCCACCCCCUGAGGCAGAGGUUGUCUUCAGCAGAGACCCGUGUAGUGAUCGGAGGGAUCUGGGUGUUAGCUCUACUAUUGGCCUUCCCCCAGUACUACUACUCAGCUACUGACCAGCUGCCUGGUAGGACUGUUUGUUACAUCCAAUGGCCUGAAUACACCAAUGACACAACCAUGGACUUCAAAAAGAUGUACUCUGUGUCUGUGGUGUUGCUGUACUACUUCCUGCCGCUGUGCAUUAUGGGAUGUGCCUACCUGGUGGUGGGCUCGUCCCUGUGGGCGGGGACUAUCCCUGGAGACUCCACCCACCGUUACCGAGAGCAGCUAAUCGCCAAACGCAAGGUUGUGAAGAUGAUGAUCGUGGUGGUGUGUACUUUUGCAGUGUGCUGGCUGCCUUACCACAUCUACUUCCUGCUCCAGCAGUUCCACCCUGACCCCAUGCAGCUGUUUGAGUGGCGCUACAUCCAGCAGGUCUACCUGGCUGUCCUGUGGUUGGCCAUGAGCUCCACCAUGUACAACCCUAUCAUCUACUGCUGUCUCAAUGACAGAUUCAGGGCAGGCUUUCAGCAGGUGUUCUGUUGGUGUCCAUGUGUUCCUGCCGCCUCCUACGAGGGACUGGAACUCAAGUCCACCCGCUACCUACAGACCCAGAUGAGUGUGUACCGGGCCAGCCGGAUGGAGACCAGUAUGUCAACAGUUCUGCAGCCCACUGAGGAGGAGCGCUGUGGGGCAGAGCAGCCAGCCAGCCCCUCUAUCACCCAGACAACCAUGGAGCUCACCUCCACCUCCAAUGGCUCAGCCUCACGAUCAGCCCUCAACCCCCCCGACAGCCCUGCUUACUACGGCAGACAUAACAUGGACUAGUGGCCUAACAAAUGCCUAACUGGAUUAGUCGUGGUUUAAUCUCACUUAACCCAGAACUAAAAUGUUACGUUAUUUUGGUCAGCUGCUCGAUAGGUUCUAGGGGGAAGUGUGUUAGAAAUGGAGAUUUCCGUUUUGUCUCCACUCUCACAAAAGGAAAAUCUCAGUCAAUCCCUCCCACCCCCUUCUGAUAUUUUCACCGGUGGUUAUCAUCCGCCGAAGUAAAGCAGUUUAAGCACCGCCUUCACCCAAUUCUGAUAUGUCCAAAUAAACAGUGAUGAAACCCAAACCCCAGAAGUAAUGCUGCUCGUAUCCCAUAUUAUCCCGACAGGUGUACUGUACCAGUUAUGUUUACUGUAGGUACUGUCCACGGGAGAUUAUACGUGGUUUAGUGCACUAUAGCCUGGGCUAGUGCUCUAUUCUCACACAUUCUAAUGCCGACACAACAUUGGCUAGGGCUGCCUCAAUUCUUUGGGGGAUGGACUCUACAAGGUGUCGAAAACAUUCCACAGGGAUGCUGGCCCAUGUUGACUCCAA